CCCUUUCUUGUUUGCAUUGUAUGGAACUUGAGUUUGUGUAUAGAAAUAUCUUUAGGUGUAUUGAACUUGAGUUUGUGUAUAGAAAUGUCUUUAGGUGUAUGGAACUUGAGUUUAUGAGUUUAUAAAUGGAACUUGCUGUAUGUGUUUUGCUUUAGACUUGGACACCUGAGGAAACUAGGUAUUUUUUCGAACUCUAUGCGGAAGAGGGAAGAAAAUGAAAUAAGGCUGGUAUAUCAAUGAAUAAAGUGGGGAAAGCAAACAUUAUGGAGGCGUUUGAACAGAGGUUUAAGAAGAAUUUACCUGAUUGGAGGCCCUACAAGAGCAAGUACGACACCAGUAGGAAGAAAUACAUCAAGAUUAAGACGCUGACUCAAAACAGGACAGGGCUUGGGUUUGAUGACAUGGGAAGGAUUGACAUGCCAGAUGAUUGGUGGAGUGAACGCGAAAGGGAGUGUCCAGGGAUUAGAAGAUUUGUAUGCAAAGAGAUUAGUAACAUGGAUAUGUUUGAAGCGGAAUUUGGUGGUGUAGUAGUAACGGGAGCUGAAGGAUGGAGCGCUCAACAUGGAGAAGCCAGUUUGAACUCUAGAGUGGGUGAAGAUGAUGGUGAUGAUGAAGCUGAUUCUCAGCCAGCAGCAGAAACUCAAGCAUUGGAGACAGAAACACAGCCACAAGCCCCACGCCAAACUUAGCCAUCGACUCAGACUCAUUCUGAAAGUUCAAGAGCAAAAAGAAGGCGUAAGGAGAAAGACAUGGUUGUAGAAGAUUGUGUGAAACGGACUGAAGCUCUUGAGGUGAAGAACAAGAUAGCGGAACGGAUGUUGGAGCGUCAAGAAGCUUUUAGUAUUGAGAAUGUGUUGGAGAUAUUGUAUGCUUUGCCAGAAGUGAGAGAGUGGUCUCCACUAUAUGAAGCAGCAAUGGAAAUUCUCAUAGAUAAUGAAGGGAAGAGCCUUUGUAACAAUGAAGACAGAUGAAGCUAAGAUUAGGUUUAUGGAGCUUAGGACUAAGAUAAAACGCGAUGAUGACUAGUAUGGAAUCUAGGAUUAGUCUUCUUUUGUGAUCUUGAUGGAACUAGUAUGGAGCUUAGGACUAGUCUUCUUUGUGAUCUUGCUGGAACUACUAUGGAGUUUAGGACUAGUCAUCUUGUGUGAUCUUGCUGGUUUGAUCUUUGUAUGAGUCUUUUGUGAUCUUGUUGGUUUGAUCCUUGUAUGAACUCUACCUUUUGUGGCUUUAUAUAUAUGGUCUUUUUAUGUUUCUUUACUUGCUGUAUCCACAUAUUUAUAAAUGUGUAAAACAGGUUGGUCUUAGGUUGAUUUGUAAAUUUAUAAAUGUCUUGUAUUGCUUUAAUUGAUCUCUACAUAUUGUUUUGGUGCUGAUAAUAAUCUUAUACAUUGUUUUGUAGAUGCUUGAAAGAUGGAUAUUGCAAGAUGAAGAUGGAGAUUAUGAUGAUGAACUUGGUUUGUUUGAUGCGCCUAUUACUGAGAGAUUGAGUCAUAGAACAUAUCGAGGAGCAGGACGGCGUCAUGUUCAACAACUUAUGUUUGAAGCGGGAUAUUGCUGCAAGGUAUCAAAGGUCAGUGGAUACAGUGCAAAGGAAGCUUGAUGAUGUCUUGAGUGAUAUUCUUAAGUUUGCAGUGGAUAUUAAGACCACAGGAAGGCGAGUUUGGAAGAGUAAGUCCUGUUUUGAGGAAUGAUGAUCGGUAUUGGCCUCAUUUCAGAGAUUGUAUCGGAGCACUUGAUGGAACGCAUGUCCCAGUUCGCCCUCCAAGUCAAAAUGCAGAAGCAUACAGAGGCAGGAAGCAAGAUCCUACAAUGAAUGUUCUUGCUAUAUGUAACUUCGAUAUGAAGUUCAUAUAUGCAUAUGUCAGUGUACCUGGUAGAGCACAUGAUACAAAGGUCUUGACUCAUUGUGCGAGGAACGAGGCUUCUUUUCCACAUCCUCCUCCUGGAAAAUAUUAUCUACUUGACUCCGGAUAUCCGACCAGGACAGGGUAUCUUGGUCCGCAUCGUAAUAUGCGAUAUCAUCUUGGUCAAUUUGCUACAGGAGGACCACCAGUUAGUGCACGAGAGUUGUUUAACCGAAAGCAUUCAGGUUUGCGAUCAGCGAUUGAGAGGACAUUUGGAGUAUGGAAAGCAAAAUGGAGGAUUUUGGAUCGUAAGCAUCCAAAGUAUGGUCUGGUCAAGUGGAUUAAGCUGGUGACAGCGACGAUGGCGCUACACAACUUCAUACGUGAUUCACAUCGGGAAGAUCAUGAUUUUGUACAGUGGCAAAGUGGUGAUGGUGGAGAAGGAGAAGAAGCUGAUAGUGACGGUGAUGAAGAAGAAGAAGAAGAUGAUGAUGGUGGUGGUGGUGGACAUAUUGUAUAUGAGCCGGCCGGUGAUAGAGCGAUGGAAGCUUUGCGUGAUAACAUCACAAAUGAAUAUGUUAGAGGUCGUUUACCGUUUUAAAUUUUUUUUUUGCUUAUAACUUUGAUGAUCAUUUAUAUGUGAUAUUUAUUUAAGACUUAAUGUUUUUUCUUUUAUAAUCAACAUAAUGUAUUAUUUAGCUUUUGUUUAGUGAUAAAUAUUUUGAAGUAUUAUUUUUGUUUUAACUUAGCUUAUAUUUUUAUAUUCGUAUAUUUCACCAAAAAUUUAUAUACCAAGUAACCAUAAUAUUUUAAUGGAUGUAAAUAUAUUUAAAUUACAUUUUUUUAUUUAAAAUACAAUUUUACAAAUGUUUAAAAAUAAAAUAUGAAGAAAUAAAAAUGGCCGCAGCAUCUAUCAAACAAAUAACCCAAAAAUCUGUUUCCAGCGUCUUCUAGACGAACAAUAUUCUGCGUCGGCGUCGGUGUCGGCGUCUACGAAACGAACAGCAACUAUUUUCAUUGACUUUGACGCCGACGCCGAAAACUGCGACAACCAAACGAACAUGACCUAUAUCUAUUAUACUUCUUAUCCAAGAAAGAACAAAGAUUUAUAAAGAGAAUAAAACAGACAGGAUGUCGGUUUUUGUAUUCCCUUCCACUCUUGUUCUCUCCUUUUCGCCAGUUAAAAGUCCUAACGAGAUGAAAACCAAUGGUUGGUUUGUUUAUGAAUUUCCAUUUUUUUUUUACUUUAGUAUCAAAACUUUCCUUUAUUUUUACUUUGAUAUACUGAAUUUAUUUUGAUUUUUACUGUAGUUGAAAAAAAAAUCAAAGUACUGUGUUUGCUUGGUUUCAAAGAUUUUGAUAAACCAAAAUGAUAAUUCAAAAUUUUUACAUAUUGAGCUACCAAAAACUUUUUUUUAAGUGGGUUACCAAAAUAUCUCUUAUUUAGAUCAUGAAUGUGACCAAGAAUGAGAGCACCCCAUUCCAUGGACGGAGUUGCUCUCGUUCCACAAUUGAUAACAAUCUGCUCCAUCUACCAUAUCAUGCAGGAUAAAGAAAGGAAGAUAUAGUUGCAUUUUGUGGUUAGACCUUUCAAUGAUCGCUUCAAAUAAAAUGGACAAAUGGCAUACACCAAACGUUGAUGCAAAGCGU